AUGCAUUUGUACCGUAUAGUUCAUAACAUCAGAUCUGCAACGCGGCUGAAAAAGAAAAAUGUACCUAAUUGGGAAGAGAUUUGUGGUGACUUGCAUGCCGUCAGAAUUAUUGGACAAACAGGAGGUUUCCCAAAGUCAUCGAAAGAGAGUUUGAAGCGAAGUCUUCAAUGUGUGCUCCAGAAAAGUAAAGAAUUUGCUGUUGAAGAAGAAUCGCCGCCGAAGAAACGAAAAAUAGAUGGCGCUCCAUGCAGUAAGAAUGUUGACAAAAGUAUUUCCACCUCAACCGACGAGAAAAAUGAACAAGUGACGAAUGCAUCAAACGACAAUAUGAAAAUUGAAGAAUCAUCAAACGAAUGUGAAAAAGGUACAAAAGAAAAUGAAAAUUCAGCAACAACAUCAUUAGCUCAAACCAAGGCUCAAACAACAAACGACAUUGAGAGUCACAUUGAAAUAAUUUAUGAAUGCUUAGAUGAACUGAAUGAAGCAUCAGUAAAUACAACAGGAUCAAAUUCAACGUCGUCUAAUAAAACGAUAACAAAUGAUACCAUUUUGAUAUCAUCGGAAACAUCAAGUCAAGAAAACAUCGAAACUGCCAAUGAAAGUGCAGAAAUUGGCGAUGUUAAGUCGAAUGAUCCAACAGCAGCCCAGAAUGAGUCUAAAAACGAAUAA